AUGGCUGCCAAGAAGCGCUUGCAAGAGCUCUUCGAGAAAUAUGAUGCUGAUGGAGAUGGAGUAUUGUCAGAAGAGGAGAUGCUGGUGGUUUUUCAACAAAUCAACCCGAAGUUGGCACAGAUGGCCCCGCAAAUCUUUGAGGCCAAUGAUACGAACAAAGAUGGUGAGAUCCAAGUGCACGAGUUCAUCUCCUGGCUCUGCGGCUCCGCGGCCGCGGUGACGCCGCAGACGACGCCCAAGGGCCUGGACGUGCUCAUCACCAACACUUCUGAUCGGGUCUCGAAGUGUUUCUACUUCCAUCUCCGGAACUGCGAGAAUGUGGAGUUAACCAAUGGCGAGCGACCCACCUUCGUCGUGAAGGCAGGAGAGCAAGUGAGCCAGUCGCUCCUCUCCUGGACGUCGCCAGGGGUGCAAGGGAAGUACUCCUUUCGAUGGACCUCACGGGCGAAGUUCACCGGCGUAGAGGACGAUCCCAACGCCUUCAAAGAUCCAGACUUCCCCCAUGACUCGUCCAGCGUGGGGGAGUCCCAGACCAGUUUCAAGGUGGGACAGCAACCCGAGUUCUGGAUGCGUGCGCGGAUGUUGGGAGACCCCUCAGAGGCCCUCCUCUUCGAUCAGAUCAACCCACAAGACAUCCGACAAGGAAACCUCAGUGAUUGUUGGCUCAUGAGUGCCCUUUCCUGCUUGGCGGAGCAGCCCUCGCGGAUCCGGAAGCUCUUCAGUAGCAAGCACCUCACAGACGACGGGAAGUACGAGAUCUCCCUUUUUGAUCCAGUGGACAAAGCUUGGCAAACGGUGGUGAUCGAUGAGUUCAUCCCCUGCGUCAAGCAGAACGAAGAACCCAAAGCAGCCUUUUCCUAUCCGGUGGGCGAAGAGCUUUGGGUGCAGCUGCUGGAGAAGGCAGUUGCCAAGUUCUGCGGUUGCUAUGGGAUGUUGGCGGGUGGCAGUGCAGCCUGGGCUUUUAUGGUCCUUACAGGCGUCACCAAUGUGAUCUGCUACUGGAAGAAAAGUGGCACCUGGUACCGCCGCACUGCUUGUUGUCGCGCUGGCAAACGCGGUCCCAACAGCAUCGGUUGGAAAGGAUUCGCCUCCGACACACAUGAGGCGUCGGCAGUGUUUGAGCUGCUGAGCAAAGAUGCAGCUGCCCAAUAUUGUGUCACAUGUAGUAUCCACGGUGGUGGAGCAGCCGAAGAAGAUGCUCACGGCGUUGGCUUGUUCAACAACCAUGAGUACUCCUUGUUGCAAGUCCGAGAGGAACAGCUCGACGAUGGGACGCCGAUGCGUUUCAUGGUGCUUCGAAACCCCUGGGGCUGCUUAGAGUUUCGCGGCGAUUGGAGUGAUCGGAGCGAGCUCUGGGAGCAGAAUCCCCAGCUGAAGGAGCGCCUGAAGGUCACCGACAAUAAGAACGAUGGAAGGUUUUACAUCUCCUUCGACGAUUGGGCCAAGUACUUCACCUUCGUGGUGAUUUGCCCCCAUGAUGGCGGUGUGCAAAAGCGCCAGGAGAAGAGAUCCAAGUGGACCACCUUGGGUCGGGGCCUUCAGGUGAGCACUGCCCUCGGAGAGACACCGACGCCCUCCAUCGAGGCCGACGCUGCGUCGGGCUCCGCGUGGGCGGCGGCGAAGGGUGGCUCCUUGGCCUCGCUUGCAGGCUUCGCGGCACGUGAGGGCGAGGUGGCCGAGGAGGAGGCUACAGGCUUCCUGGCAGAACAGCGUCAUUACUUGUCAUUGAAGCGACGAACUCUGCGGAGACGUGCUGACGGGUCGGAGGUGAGACUGGCGGGCAGCGGCUACGGCGACUACAACCAGGUUGGCGAUUCAGAUAAGCCUGAAGUGCAGAGCAUGGCGGACCACCAGGCGUCCCUGCUGCAACAGCUUCAAGACUUCCGUGCCAGCGGGUUCCGCUGCGACGUCACGCUGCAAAGCCGCGAUGGGCGCCUUCACCAUGGCCAUGUCCUGGUGCUGUCUGCUGCAAGCUCCGUGCUCAAAGCCAUGCUUUGCGGAGAUUUCCACGAAUCGCAGAUGGUGCAAACCGGAGGGGCGGUGAACAUCGAUGCGUCCGGUGGUGCCGUUGCCGCCUUUUUGGACUACAUUUAUGGAAAAGAAACAUGCAUUGAGACUCUCGAGACUACUGAUGAUCAAGUGGAGCUGCUGAAACUCGCAAGCUCCUAUGGUUUGCCGAAUCUAGCAGCCCGUCUUGCCUCCGAAUGGCAGGCAUCGCUGGACAGCGCAAGUGCACUGAAGCUUUUGCCUCACAUUUGGACUCACAGUGAGUUUAGCGAUCUCGCAGACUCGUGUGAACAGCAGAUCCUGGACGAUUUUGCGCUAUGUGUUGAAAGCGCGGACUUUCUCAACCUGACGGCCGGGCAGCUUGGAAGGAUUUUGCAAAGGAAUGAGCUUCAUGUUGCGAGGGAGGAAACAGUCCUUCAAGGCGUCUUCAAGUGGGUCGGCGCGUCAAAAGCAGAGAGAACAUGUCACUUGGAGCUGCUUUUGCAGAACAUUGAUUUUCCAUCUAUGUCAGUGGCAAAUCUGAAGCACUUGAGCCGUUUCGCCCAAUCUGCCGGAGCCGCAGGCCCUGGUUUGAGCAGGGAUGUGAACGGUGCCUUGCGCCGUCACCGAAAGCGUCAAGCCGAUGGAUCGUCGGAGAAACACCAGCCAAAAAGACGUUGUCUAAAGAACUGGUGCCCGGAUGUAGGCGCUGACAGCGACAGUACUUGCCAGCCAGUCACUCCCCCUGUGUGCGGUCUCGGCUUUUGCUGGCACGACGGUGCCCUCUACAUUGCAGAUUGGUCAAGCAAGAGGGUUCUUCGUUGCAGACCAGGUGAGAGUGAAUGUCAGAUUGUGGCAGGGGUGGGGGCCACUGUCAACGGUCACAACCAACUGCAUAGGCCUUUGGACGUGGCCGUUUCACCAUCAGGUGACGUCUUUGUCGUGGACUGGGAGGCUCGAGACCGCCGCUCGCUGCUGAAAUUCUCAAAUGGCCAUGGUCAAGUGCUGUUGCAGACACCAGGCUUGUUUCGCGUUGCUUGCUCACCAAAUGGAGUGCUUUACGUUCUGGACAAUGUUGGCAAGAAAGUGCAGCGAGUCGAUGGCUCAGUGCUCACACCAGUGCUGGACAGCAGCGACCUUCCCGAAGAUCAACGUUUCGCUGCAAGUCAAUUGUUUGUCACGAGCGAGGAGACUGUCUACCUCAGUAAUGGUCGAGGGAAACGAGUGCUACGCUUCAGUCCUGGUAGCCCACAGCCCACCACUGUCGGAAGCAUUCAGCAGGAAGGUGCGCGAGGUUUGGCAGGGUUGUUUGUGACGGAGAACCACAAGAUCUAUGUCACAGACCCUGUGCGUAAACGCAUUUGGGUGUUGAAUGAAGGCGAGACCACCGGCGUGCAACUGGACCUGGCGCUUCCAGACGGUGUUGUGCCGUUUGAUGUCAUGCUGCAACGGGACUCGAUGUAUGUUCUCCACUAUGAAGUAGACAACCCAGAAAACAUCCAAGCUGUAUACCGCUGUUGCUUGCCACCAGAACUUGUGCUGGAUGCUGCCUCAGUGCAACGGCGUCAGAGGCAGAGUGUGGUGAGGCUUGAGGGGGAGGAGAUGGAGAUGGUCGCAGCUGGUAGUUGGAUUCAGAGGCUUCAAGACUUCCGGUCCAACGAGUUCCGCUGCGACGUCACGCUGCGAAGCCGCGAUGGGCGCCUUCACCACGGCCACGUCCUCGUGCUGUCUGCUGCAAGCUCCGUGCUCAAAGCCAUGCUUUGCGGAGACUUCCACGAAUCGCAGCUGGUGAAAUCCGGAGAGGCCGAGAACAUCGAUGCGUCCGGUGGUGCCGUUGCCGCCUUUUUGGACUACAUUUACGGAAAGGAAGCAUGCAUUGACACUACUGACGAUCAAGUGGAGCUGCUGAAACUCGCAAGCUCCUAUGGUUUGCCGAAUCUAACAGCCUGCCUUGCUGCAGAAUGGCAGGCAUCGCUGGACAGCGCAAGCGCACUGAAGCUUUUGCCCCACGUUUGGACUCACAGCGAAUGUUGUAAUCUCGCGAAAUCAUGUGAACAGCAGAUCCUGGGUGACUUUGCGCAAUGUGUUGAGAGUGAGGACUUUGUUCAUUUGACGGUUGGGCAGCUUGGAAGCAACUUGCAAAGGCAUGACCUUCAUGUUGCAAGGGAGGAAACAGUCCUUCAAGGCGUCUUCAAGUGGGUCAGCGCGUCGACAGCAGAGAGAGCAUGUCACUUGGAGCUGCUUUUGCAGAACAUUGAUUUUCCAUCUAUGUCAGUGGCAAAUCUGAAGCGCUUGAGUCGUUUCUCCCAAUCUGCUGGAGCCAGUGGCCCUGGUCUCAGCAGGGCAGUGAACGAUGCCUUGCGCCUUCACCGAAAGCGUCAAGCCGAUGGAUCGUCGGAGAAACACCAGCCAAAAAGACGUUGUUUAAAGCACUGGUGCCCGGAUUUGGGCGCUGACGGUGACAGUGCUUGCCAGCCAGUGACUCCACCUGUGUAUGGUUUGGGCUUUUGCUGGCACGACGGUGCCCUCUACAUAGCAGUUUUGUCAAGCAAGAGGGUUCUUCGUUGCAGACCAGGUGAGAGUGAAUGUCAGAUUGUGGCAGGGGUGGGGGCCGCAGUCAACGGUCACAACCAACUGCACUCGCCCAUUGAUGUGGCCGUUUCACCAUCAGGUGACGUCUUUGUCUUGAACAUGGAGGCUCGAGACCGCCGGUCAUUGCUGAAAUUCUCAAAUGGCCAUGGUGAAGUUUUGUUGCAGACACCAGGCUUGACGCGUGUGGACUGCUCGGCAAAUGGAGUGCUUUACGUUGUGGACAAUGAUGGGACGAAGGUGCAGCGAGUCGAUGGCUCAGUGCUCACACCAGUCCUGGACAGCAGCGAACUUCCCGAAGAUCAACGUUUCAUUGCAAGUCAAUUGUUUGUCACGAGUGAGGAGACUGUCUACCUCAGUGAUCUUCGAGGGAAACGAGUGCUACGCUUCAGUCCUGGUAGCCCGCAGCCCACCACUGUCGGAAACUUCCAGCAGGAAGGUGCGGUAAGAUUGGCAGGGUUGUUUGUGACGGAGAGCCGAAAGAUCUAUGUCGCAGACCUUGCGCGUAAACGCAUUUGGGUGUUGAAUGAAGGCGAGACCACCAGCACGCAACUGGACCUGGCGCUUUCAGACGGUGUGAGUCCGUCUGAUGUCAUGCUGCAAGGGAACUCGAUGUAUUUUCUCCACUACGACCUAGACCACCCAGAAAAAAUCAAACCUGUAUACCGCUAUCGCCUGCCACCAGAACUUGUUCUGGAUACUGCCUCAGCCACUAGAGGAGCUCAAUCCGCUGAAGAUACUUGA